GUGUGAUCUCUCUGCCUUCUGUCAACUAAAAAAACAAAAAAAAAAAAAAAAAAACUCAAAAGGUCUUCGCAGAGAAACCAAGAAGGCUCAUUGUCUUCCUUUUUUCUCUUUCUCUUUCUUUAAAAAAAAUUUACAAACCCAGAAAGAUCGUACUGUCAAAAUCGUAAAUUUACUGCUACUUCCAUUGGUGUACAGUCAAGCUCUACACCAAGGCCUCCAUGAGAGAACUUAGUAAAAAUUAUUUUCUUUAUACAUAUAUAAAAUUGUGAAAGAGAAGCUUGUUGAAGAGCCGGCAUUGGUAACUGGGUCUGCGUUGGAAUUGUUAAAAGGGUUUGAAAUAUUGUGGAUUGAAGCUGGACUUGGUCCUUUUGUUUUUUUGUUUAUUGGAUUUCUCUUGUUUGGUGGGGAUUUUGAAAGCGUCAGAAACAUUUUUUUGUCUUUGAGAGUUGGUAUUGAAAUAGGUUCUAAGCUUCACAACAAUGGCGUCCGGAUCAAAGCCAACUUCCAGAGUACCUACGGUUCAUCACAUGAGUGAAGCAAGCAAUGACCUUGACAGUGAGAUGGGGAGUAUUGAAUUUGCUUCAUAUACAGUUCACAUACCUCCAACACCAGACAACCAGCCCACAGAAAUCUCCAUGGAUCUAAGAUCAGCUUCGCAGAGAGUUGAGGACCAAUACGCUUCGAGUUCUUUGUUUACAGGAGGUUUUAACUGUGUUACGCGGGCCCAUUUGAAGGAAAAAAUGAUUGAGUCAGAAACCAGCCAUCCACAGAUGACUGGUGCAAAAGGCUCUUCUUGUUCAAUUCCUGGUUGUGAUUGUAGGGUCAUGACUGAUGGGAGGGGAAUAGAUAUAGUCCCUUGUGAAUGUGAUUUCAAGAUCUGUAGAGAUUGUUAUAGGGAUGCUUUAAGAACUGGUGAUGGGAUUUGUCCUGGUUGUAAAGAACCUUAUAGAGAGACUGAUUCGAAUGAGUAUGCUGUGGCUUUGUCUUCUGCUUCGAUGUCGAAGAUGGAUAGGAGGUUGUCGUUGAUGAAAUCGAAAUCUAUACAAUCGAAAUCGAUCGUAAGGAAUCAGAGCAAUGAGUUUGAUCAUGCGAAAUGGUUGUUCGAGACGAAAGGAAGUUACGGAUAUGGAAAUGCUAUGUGGCCUGUCGAUGGUAUGAAUGGUAUUGAAGGUGAUCCUAAAGUGUUUCAUGAGAAGCCAUGGAGGCCAUUGACUCGCAGAUUGAAUAUCUCUGCUGCAAUUAUUAGUCCUUAUAGGCUCUUGGUAUUAGUUCGAAUGGUAGUUCUUGCACUUUUUCUGCAGUGGAGAAUCAGAAAUCCUAAUGAUGACGCAAUCUGGCUGUGGCUUUUGUCUGUGAUUUGUGAAAUCUGGUUUGCCUUCUCUUGGCUUCUCGAUCAACUUCCGAAGCUCUGCCCCAUCAAUCGAAGUGCUGAACUUGAUGUUUUGAGGGAGAAGUUUGAAAUCCCUACACCAAGCAAUCCUUAUGGGAAAUCUGAUCUUCCGGGCGUUGAUGUUUUUGUGUCUACUGCGGACCCAGAGAAAGAGCCUCCUCUUGUCACUGCAAAUACAAUUCUCUCUAUUCUUGCAGCUGACUACCCUGUUGAGAAGCUUGCGUGUUAUGUUUCUGACGAUGGAGGGGCACUUUUAACCUUCGAAGCUAUGGCAGAAGCUGCUAGUUUUGCUAACUUGUGGGUACCAUUUUGUCGUAAGCAUAACGUUGAGCCAAGGAAUCCAGAAUCUUAUUUCAAUUUGAAGAGAGACCCAUACAAGGAUAAGGUACGACCAGAUUUUGUUAGAGACCGGAGGCGCUUAAAGCGUGAAUAUGAUGAGUUUAAGGUUCGGAUUAAUGGUCUUCCUGAUUCUAUUCGAAGACGCUCUGAUGCCUAUAACAGUAGGGAGGAGUUGAAGAUUUUGAAACGUAGGAGACAGGCUGGAGAUGAUGAGCCUUUGGAGAGUUUAAAGGUCCCAAAGGCUACUUGGAUGGCUGAUGAAACCCACUGGCCUGGAACAUGGACAAUUCCUGCACCUGAACACUCCAGGGGUGAUCAUGCUAGCAUCAUUCAGGUGAUGGUGAAACCUCCUAGUGAUGAACCUCUUAAAGGUGCAGAAGGGGAUUCAAAUUUCAUGGAUCUAACUGAAGUUGAUAUCCGUCUUCCUUUGCUUGUUUAUGUUUCCCGUGAGAAGCGACCUGGUUAUGAUCACAACAAGAAAGCCGGUGCAAUGAAUGCCUUGGUUCGAGCCUCAGCAAUCCUAUCCAAUGGCCCAUUCAUUCUCAAUCUCGACUGCGACCACUAUAUCUACAAUUCCCAGGCAAUCAGAGAAGGAAUGUGCUUCAUGAUGGAUCGUGGUGGGGAGCGCAUUUGUUAUGUCCAGUUUCCUCAGAGAUUCGAAGGAAUUGAUCCUUCUGACCGAUAUGCCAAUCACAAUACAGUUUUCUUUGAUGUCAACAUGCGCGCCCUUGAUGAGGUUCAAGGUCCUGUGUAUGUUGGAACUGGGUGCCUUUUUCGUAGGACAGCACUCUAUGGCUUUGAUCCUCCUAGAUUCAAAGAACGUAAUGGUUGUUUUGGUCGUUUCUUUGCUGGUCGUAAGAAGGCUGCUUCUGUUGCUUCUGCCUCUGAUAUUUCCUCACUGGAGGGCCAAUCAGCUAUGGAAGACUAUGACGAUGAAGAAAUGCAUAUUGCCCUUAUUCCUAAAAGUUUUGGAAACUCAAGCAUAUUGAUUGAUUCCAUCAAGGUGGCAGAAUUUCAAGGCAGACCCCUUGCUGAUCAUUCAUCUGUCAAAAAUGGGCGGCCACCAGGUGCUCUCACUCUUCCUCGUGAUCUUCUUGAUGCAUCUACAGUUGCAGAGGCAAUCAGUGUCAUCUCAUGCUGGUAUGAAGAUAAGACAGAAUGGGGAGGACGAAUUGGGUGGAUUUAUGGGUCAGUGACAGAGGAUGUUGUAACAGGAUAUAGGAUGCACAACCGUGGAUGGAAAUCUGUGUAUUGUGUGACCAAGAGGGAUGCUUUCCGUGGUACAGCACCCAUCAAUCUCACUGACCGGCUUCACCAGGUUCUUCGUUGGGCCACUGGUUCAGUUGAGAUUUUCUUUUCUCGUAACAAUGCUCUUCUUGCCAGCUCUAGGAUGAAGUUUCUUCAAAGGAUAGCUUACCUAAAUGUUGGAAUAUACCCUUUCACUUCCCUUUUUCUCAUUGUGUAUUGCUUCCUGCCAGCACUUUCACUCUUUUCUGGUCAGUUUAUUGUUCAGUCCCUCAACAUAACCUUCCUUAUAUACCUUUUGGGCAUCACAUUGUCCCUCAUAGCUCUCGCUGUGCUUGAGAUCAAGUGGUCUGGCGUUGCAUUGGAAGACUGGUGGAGGAAUGAGCAAUUUUGGUUGAUUGGUGGCACAAGUGCUCAUCUUGCUGCGGUGCUCCAGGGUCUCUUAAAGGUAAUAGCAGGCAUUGAGAUCUCAUUCACUUUGACAUCAAAAUCAGGAGGAGAUGAUGAAAACGAUGAAUUUGCCGAUCUAUAUAUCUUCAAAUGGACAUCUCUAAUGGUUCCACCCAUCACCAUUAUGAUGAUAAACUUGAUUGGGAUAGCGGUUGCAGUUUGUCGAACAAUAUACAGUGUCAUACCAGAAUGGAGCAGCUUGAUUGGAGGUGUGUUCUUUAGUUUUUGGGUCUUGGUCCAUCUUUAUCCUUUCGCAAAAGGUCUAAUGGGAAGACGGGGAAGAACACCGACGAUUGUAUUUGUAUGGUCUGGUCUUAUUUCAAUCACCAUUUCCCUGCUUUGGGUAGCUAUCAACCCUCCGUCAGGUAAUAAUGAAAUUGGAGGGUCAUUCCAGUUCCCAUGAUACAAUUUUUUUAGAAAGUUAUUGAAGAAUGUGGAUAGGAGUGUGCCUCUUCUGAGAUGUUCAUAUUACAGGGAUAGGAUUUUCUUGUUAUUCUUGUGAGGCCUCAAUUGAAAGUUUGAUUCAUUACGGGGAAAUAUAAUAGUUUAGUAUGUUCAUAUCAUUCAUUCUUUUCAAAAUUCUACUUGUAAGUACACAACUGGAGCUGAGCAGUUCAAUUUAUUGAAUCCUCUGAUUUCAUUUCUAA